UCCAAGCUGUCCAGAACUCAGCUGCUAGACUCUUAACACAUACAAGCAGAAGAGCGCACAUUACUCCAGUCCUAUCAUCCCUUCACUGGCUGCCAUUCAUUUUAGAAUUCAGUUUAAAAUCUUGGUCCUUACGUUUAGAGUGUUACAUGGUCAAACUCCCUCUUACAUUUCCGACCUGUUACAGCAACUUACUCCCCCCCCGUAACCUAGAGGCUGUUGGUAGUUCCCCGUGCCCACUUUAAGACCAGAGGAGACCGGCCUUUCCAAGCAGCUGCACCCAGUUUGUGGAAUGCACUCCCCACUUCUUUACGCACCUUAAACUGUAGUUUCUUUUAAAAAGCAGCUGAAGACUCUGUUAUUCAAACAGGUGUUUGCUAAACAUUAAGCUUGGUUUUAAAGUUGUCUGCCAUAUGUCAAUAUGUUUCUGGUGUUUAGCUAGAACUGUAUUUUGUUGUUUUAUUGGGAAGCACAUAUGUGAUAUUUUUCUGUGAAAAGUGCUAUAUAAAUAAAUUUUACUUACUUACUUACUUACUCUUGACCGUCUCCAGAGAAGUUUUUGACUGCAAACUUAUUGACUAUAGUGGAAAGUUAAUAGGGUAUUUUUUGAGAAAGUUUAAAAAGCUGGUGAAGGUGGGGGUGUACAGCUUUAUUUGCUUCAUUACUCUACUUUGUAUUUCUUUAUGUUAAAAUACAACGAGUUACACGUCCAGUGCUUAAUCCCUGCCCAUUACAUGUCACACAUGUGCUGACAAGUGACGACGUCACAUGAAGGAGGUGUGAAGACAGAGCUCAUAAACAAUAUGUGAGGACAGGCAAACCCUGCAGACCAGCGCUGCCCACAUGGAAACAAGCCUCCACUCUGUUAUCUGUCUGCACAGGGAAAAAGUAAGCUGCAGACUUUGGGUUUAUGUUAACUCAGUAGCUGUGAUGACAAUGUUAAGAAUAAAUACUGGACAAAUUAAGUUUGUCAUUGUGCUCCAGUUUCCAUCAAUAGGUUUAUAUUUCUGAUGUUUUUAAUUUUUUAUUGAAUAUGUCUUACACAAAUCAAUCGCAGACAAACAUCACUGUUGGACGGCAGUACCAAGGCUUACUGGGAUUAUUGUUGUCUUCCAUUCUGACUACAGUGACAUGUUUUGUGUUUCUCUUCAUUAAUGUGACCUUGUUAUUCACCUUGAGGAGUAAACCAGUGUUUUGUGAGACCUCUCGUUACAUUCUGCUGUUUAACCUCCUAUUUGCAGACACUGUACAGAUGGCAGAGGGUCAGUUAAUGUACAUAAUGGCUGCUUGUAGAAUAACACUGUCGUAUCCUGUGUGUGGUGUUCUAACAAUGCUCGCCAAUGUCAUAACAAAAAUCUCUCCUCUCACACUGGUGGUGAUGUGUCUGGAGAGAUUUGUAGCUGUGUGUUACCCACUGAGGCACGCUGCCAUCAUCACCGUCAGAAACACAGGGGUGGCUGUUUGUGUUGUUUGGGUCUUCAGUUCACUCAGUGUUUUUAUCCAAGUUCUUCUAAUGUUAAAAUUUCCAUUUGCAGAGCUGGAGAGUCUGCAGAUGAAUGAUUUUUGUGGCAAAGACAACAUGAUGCUUGAUCCAAUAGCUGCUGAUUAUGACAAUGCCUUCAAUAGCUUCCUCUUUGCAACAGCUGGUUUGGCAAUCAUUUCCUCCUAUAUUGGUGUGAUGAUAGCAGCCAGGUCGGCCUCCACAGACAAAGCUUCAGCCCGUAAGGUUCGUAACACACUGCUGCUGCAUCUGGUGCAGCUGGGCCUCUGUCUCUCCUCAACUCUGUACAAUCUCUUGCUUUUUUCUAUCUCUGUAAACCUAGACAGGAUCAUAUUUGUGCGCAUUCAGUUUGUUAUUUAUAUUUGUACUAUCAUGCUUCCCAGAUGUCUGAGUGCUCUCAUCUAUGGUCUCAGAGACCAGACCAUCAGACCCGUCCUCAUGUACAAUCUCUGCUGUCAGAGAUUCUCACCUUUGCAUUCAGUCGUCCAAACCAAAGCUAAAAUCAGCAAACUUGUCACUUAA